UGAUUCUUUUUCCCUUCCACAAAGUUCUCAACAUUAGAGACACCUCUGCUGCAGAGCCAAGAUGUUGGUGCUACUGGCUGGCAUUUUCAUUAUCCACACUGCCACGGUGAUCAUGCUGUUUGUCUCCACCAUUGCUAAUGUCUGGAUGGUAAGCGGCAACUUCACAUCAGGACUCUGGCAGCAAUGUAAAGGAAACCACUGUGGGGAUGUUUUCUUCCCAGAAGAUGACCAACCUGCCCUCAAGACAGUCCAAGCCUUCAUGAUCCUGGCCAUCAUCUUCUCCUUCAUCUCCCUGGUCAUGUUCAUGGUGCAGCUCUUCACUAUGGAGAAAGGGAAACGCUUCUACAUCACUGGAGGCUGCCUGCUGGUUUGCUGGCUAUGCAUUUGUAUUGCUGUCUCCAUCUACACAGCCCGAUUCCCACAAUACUUUAAGCCGGCAGACAAGUUUCACCAUGGCUACUCUUUCAUACUGGCUUGGAUCUGUUUUUGCUUCAGCUUCAUCAUUGGUGUUCUGUACCUUGUGCUCAGAAAGAAAUGAGGGUUCUGAUGAUGAAAUGGGGAGGGAGGAUUGGAAAUAUUGGGGAGGGCUUGUGGGAGGGAUGUGAAGUCAUUUUUGCUAUGAGAACAGUUUGCCAAAAGAAAUGAAUCAUACACUGCUCAGCUAACUUGCCCACCCCAGACAUGAAUCCACCAGAGAGAGAAAAGCUGGUCUGGGCCCUCCAUGUGUAAUGGAUAAACAGGAUCAUGAAGAUGCUUGAAGAACCACCAAAGUAGGCAGGAGCUGUCUUCUCGCUCACAAAAUUACACACUCAAUUCCAUUGUAAAGAACCUUACAUUUUCUGCCUUUCUGAUGACAGACAAAAUACUUGAGAUACUAGCUCUUCAGCGUUCUUCCCUAAAUCUUCAGUGUUUGCAAUGCAUUCCCCUACACUGUCUGUAAGCUAUUUCCACUCAUUGUGGCAGGUGUCAAAUUUCAUGUCCACUAAAAUGAUGGUACAGAACCCCUUAAAUACAUUUUUAAAAGGUUAAAGACAUGAAAUAUAGGAGCAACCUGACUAAAGUGAGACCGAAUCCUAGUAUUAUGUUUUCUGGUUCCACCACCUCCACAUUUCAUUCUUAAGAGGGAAAUGGGGCUACUGGUUCUGAAGAGGUUAGAAGAAAAGCUAAUGAGGAGGAGAAAUAAAGGUGAAUGUGGGCCAGGGAGGAGCAGAAACAGACAGGCAAACAGUCCUAUAUGAUGGGGUUCUUAGUGCUGGUAAGAAGAUCAUUGGUAUUGGACUUCCAUUACUGUUCACAAUGUGUACCUGCACUUUAAGACCUCCCAGUGUCCCACUGAUGCCAUUGAGUUGUGAUAUAUGUAGUGUACAAUCAAUGAGAUGGAAAAGGCCACUUCUAGUCCUGUCAGAGACACUCUAGGAACUUUCCUCUCUGCAUCAAAGAGGAUUUGUGUGACUAGCUCUUCUGUCACUGUUGAGUACCUAAAGAAGGGGAGAUGGGCUUCUGUCCAGAGGAUAAGGUUUUUAGUCAUGGAUCUUGCACUGAAACUAUGACCUGUCCUGAGUGGAGGGGAAGCCCUACUAUCACAGAAUAUUCCCCUAUCACAGAAUAAUCCUCCCCGGCCCAGGUUAAAACUGGCCAUCCGAGUGAAGGUUCCAUGUAACUAUGCUUUUAGGGAACACCUGCACUGUGUUGCAUCAGUCUUCAGUUUUCCCCUGAACUUUCAGUGCACACAAUGUGACCCUCCAGUGGGGUGAGAUGAAGGUCAGUUCAUUACAUUUGGCAAACAGAGAUCCAAGCAGGAAAUGGCUGCAUGAGAACAGAAAGGAUUUAUUAUGAUGUCAUAUUGACGGUCUGCAUCAGGAUGUUCAGGCCAGGUACUCCUGCCAGUUAGAUCCAUCUCAGUAGUGAGUGGUGAGAAGGUGGUUGACCCUAUUUCCACUUCAUCCCACUCAAGUCUCAUGUAAAGGGGUGACAAAGGCCAGCUUUAAAUGUGAGGCAGGUGAAGCAAAGAAAGAGUUUCCCUGUACAACUUGGCAUGACUUCACAGCCUCAUUUGCAACAAACCUGUGAAAAGCUACUGUGUGUACUUAGUUUGCACGCCAGAAAUCUGUGGCCCUUGUGGAUCCUGUACCAGAAUGCAAACUUUACCCAUAUAGCCAAUGCAGUGUACAUGCAAAAGCCCCCGGGGGAGCUCUUCUGCCUCACCAGCAUCACAUUCAAGUCUGGCCUAAUUCAGGGCUGCAGGCUUAGUAUAAACAGUGUUUCCUUUCUCUCAUUGUUAUAUUCUUUUUACAUGUAAGCUUUUUUUGGAAUUUGGGGGAUAUGUUCUAGUAUUGUACUUGCCAUCUCUCCAUGUGCAGUCAUUGUAAAUAUUUUGAUACAGAUAUCCUGACUGUAGGGAUAUGAAAAAAACAACAAUAAAUUCCAUUUCCUUUACCA